AGAGAGACAGAGAGAGAGAGAGAGAGAGAGAGAGAGAGACAGAGAGAGAGAGAGGACACACAGCCAGGAAAGGACCCGCAGAGACAAACCUGGGCGUGGAGACAGGUGGUGCCUAAGAGGAGGCGGUCCUGAGGGGCUGCACCCCAGGGGAGGGGGCGGGGCUGGCAAGGGGACCAGACGCUGCCUCUCUCAGCCUGUCACCCGCCAGUCAUCCCAGCUCCGAGCUGCAACAGGUAGGAGGCUUCUCUCCGGGUCCCAGUAGCUGGUUGGUGGCCACCAUCUGUCUGUCUGGGAUUGGAUGAGAGAAUGGGUGAAUGAAGGAAUGAAUGACUAUAGUUCCUUGUGUCCCCAUCAUCCCCUCUGUCCUAUCUAUCUAUCCAUCCAUCAUCUAUCCAUCUAUCAUCUAUCUAUCAUCUAUCUAUCUAUCCAUCCCUCACCCUCUCUCUCCUCUUCCCUUGUUCCAUUUCUUUCUAACACUUCCAUGUCCCUCCUCGUCUGGGUCCCUCCUCUCCUGUCCCCCGGUCUCCUCCGUUCCCGGUCCUCUUUCUUUCCCUACCCCCUCCCUUUUCCUCCCUCUCCCUAUCCUCCAUCAUCAUCUCUCCUCAGUCUGCCUUCCUUCUCCGUGCCUGCCUCUCCUUCUGUCACUCUGUUCCCCUCCCCUUGGCUCUUCCUCUUGUCCCCUUCUCUAUCCUCCAUGCCCCUCUGCAGAGCUGGCUGCGUUGGCUUGCCCCCAACCCUCUCCCCUGCCUGCUAAUGAGCAGAGAGAGCCUUUGAGGUAGCCACGGCUGGGGCGGGAGUGGGUCCCUGGGGGUGGCAGAGGGGGCAGCUGCUGCCGAGGCCCUAAUGAGGCCUCCUCUGCGCCCCUCCCGCCGAGAUCUUAAUUCUCAGUUCUCCCUGGAGUCGCUGCUAAUUGGCCUGGGGAGCCCCCCCCCUUCCUGGCUCAAGCUCUGUCCCCAGGGGGUGAGGGCACCUGGAUCAGUAGAUUCUGAUCAAGCACCUGUGGCCCUGUCCCUCUGGCCCUGCCUUCCCCGCCUGCCUCGCAGUCUCCCAAGCGUGUCUCCCUCCUUCCUUCCCUGGCCCCCGAGCUCUCGCUCCAGCGGCCUCUGGGUAGGUACCCCCAUCCGGGCACCCCUCCAUCCUCCUGUCUCCUCUUGAGUCGUCGCUCUUUCCUCUACCCGUCUCUGGGACCCCAUUCGCUCGUCGUCCCAACCUCUUCUCCUGUUACUGGGUCGCAUCACUGCCUCUCACUACUCCCCGGGGGAUCCAGACGUGUCCCAGCCCCGAGGCCCCACUCCCGCCAGGCAUUUAACUCCUUUCCUGCUGCAGCCAUGUCCAACAACAUGGCCAAGAUCGCUGAGGCCCGCAAGACCGUGGAGCAGCUGAAGCUGGAAGUGAACAUCGAUCGCAUGAAGGUGUCGCAGGCCGCCGCCGAGCUCCUGGCCUUCUGCGAGGCGCACGCGAAGGAUGACCCACUGGUGACCCCUGUCCCCGCCGCCGAGAAUCCCUUCCGCGACAAGCGACUCUUUUGCACCCUGCUCUGAGCCCUCAAGACAGCUUUAUCCUCUCCCGCCGGAGUUACGAAUCCAAUAAACUUGGUGACUUGGUGGUGCCUGCA